AUGACGGAGGCGUUGCAGCGGAUGACCAACGACGACCAGAGCCAGUUCCGCGGUAUCCAGGGGCCGGCCAUGCAGGCGAUCCAGCAUGGGGUGAGCCCCGUGGUCGUCGUGAUGCCGACGGGCGGGGGGAAGAGCAUGUUGUUCAUGUUACCGGCAUGGGUCAGCGGCGGGCUAACGGUGGUCGUCGUCCCAUUGAUUGCUUUACGCCAGGACUUGCAGCAGCGAUGCGCGGUGGCCGGCAUCUCGUGCGUCGAAUGGGAGAGCCGGCGGCCGCCCGACGAGGCGGCCAUUGUACUCGUCACGCCCGAAUCCGCGUUGAGUGAGGAUUUCAUCACGUUUUUGAACCGACAGCAGGUCAUGAAACGGUUGGACCGCAUUGUGAUUGAUGAAUGCCACAUCGUAUUGAAUCAGCAGCGUGAUUUCCGGCCCAUGAUGCAGCAGCUUGGACGAUUGAUGAUCGCACGGACGCAGGUGGUUUUGUUGACGGCGACAUUGCCGCCCAGCUUAGAGGACCGAUUAUGGCAGCGCAUGCGAUGGUCCCGGGAGCAGGUCAGCUUGUUCCGUGGUCGAACCAGCCGGACCAACGUGGCAUAUCGUUUGUGGCGUCCGAUCAUUGAGCGGGAGUACAAUGGGCCCCAUCGUUGGAUCCAGAUGGAUCAUAUCGCAGCAUUCAUCCGGGACCGCAUCCGACGAUCGCGGGGCGGGCGCACCAUUGUGUACGCGCAUAUCGUCGAACAUGUCACGACGAUGGCGGAGAUACUUGGGUGCGAGGCGUAUUACCAUGACCAGCUUGAUAAGGCCGGCGUCUUAGAGCGGUUUCGCAGCCAGCCCCACGGGGUGGUCGUGGCGACGAGUACAUUAGGGAUGGGAGUCGACAUCCCCGACAUCCGCAGCAUCAUCCAUUUGGGGCGACCACGAACGUUGCUGGAUUACGCGCAGGAGAGCGGGCGCGCAGGUCGGGACGGUCAGGCGAGCGAGGCGAUCAUCAUCCAGCCCGACGGGGUUGAUACCCCCCCGCCGUGGAUGCAGGACACGCCGUCCGCGGAGCAGCAGCGG